UCCCGAGCCCCCCGCCCGGUACCGGCUCCGGUACCGGCUCCGGUACCGGCUCGGACCCGGCCGCCAGCGUCUCACGCAGCCAGGCGCCGGCGAUGCCAGCGGAGACGCCGGCGGCCGGGGGGGGCCCCGACCGAGGACGCCCCCGCCCCGAGCCCCCCCGGGCCGGCCCCGGCCCGUAAGGCCCCCCCGGAAAAGAUGGGAGCCGGCGGCGAGUCCGAGAAGGACUCCGGCUUCUCAGACGCCAGCUCCGAAUACCUGAGCGCGCUGGAGCAGACGGACACGGAGGAGCUUCCGCGGCGCGGCGCGGCGCGCCGGCUCCCGCUCCAGCAGCGCCCGCGCCUCGCCCGCUCCUUCGCCGGCCUCGGCCCCGUCUACAUCGUCAAAAACGUCCUCGUCAAGCAGCCGCCGGGAGCCUCGUCGGACGCUCAGCUCGUGGCUUGGAGCGGCCGCCCGGAGCCGGAGCCGGCGCAGGGCCAAGCCCGGCUCCUUCUCCUGCAGCAGCCGGUGCCCGCCGGCGCUCUCCAAGCUUCGCCGCCCGGCCCAAAAACGCAAGGCGAGGACACCUACGCGCCCCUCCUCGACGCCUACGCCAAAAUCGCCCCGCGUCCCGGCCGGCCCCGGGACGUCCCGGAGGCGGCUGGCGCCGUCGGGGUGCAAAAACCGUCGGAGCAGCUGCGGCCGUCGGCCAAGAGCGCCGGGAAGCAGCGGCGUUUCCGCAACACGGUGGAGAUCCUGCGGCGCUCGGGGCUGCUGGGCAUCACGCUGCGUACCAAGGAGCUGCUGCGGCAGAACGGCGGGACGCAGCGGGAGCUGGCCGAGCUGCGGGAGCACGCGCGGCUCCUCGGCGAGGCCGCCCGCACCAACGACGCCCGCGCCUGGGCUCGGCUCCAGCGCGCCGUCGGCCUCACCGCCGCGUACUGGGCCCGGCGCGGUGCCGAGCUGCUCGGCCCCGCAGCGGACUUGGCCGACGGGGCGGCGCUGGCGCCGGCCUCCGGCGCUCGGCCCCGCGGCGGCCCCGUCGCGGAAUAAAGGUGCUCGGAAGAA